AUGUCACGCGCUCGGAAAACUAAAAACCCCAAGCGGCGCAGAAGAGAGCGCAGGAAGCGUAUUCUCCGAGAAUACUGCGCUCUUGUCGAACAGCAGGCUGCCCAGGCCGAUGGCGCUGAGCAAGAUAGCGCGGAACCACCCACCACUUCUCUACCCUCGGACAAAGACGCACCCGUCCCAGAGAACGCAUCCACAGCAGAACAGAAGACGCCUUCAUCGGAGACUAAGCGGCAGUGCAAGCACCGCAAACUCCCUGACCGCCUCUACUAUCAUCGCCCUGGCAAGAUGGAGCGCCAGUAUCUGGGCUUCCAGCGCCGCGUCAAAUCCGCCGUUGAUGAGAAGAUUGCAAAGGGGUCCGCCGCCCUCGACAAGUGGAAGCGGGAUGCCGGUGCCUUCAUGGACAAGUUCAAGCGCAAGGAAGAGCAGGAGCGAGAAGACCUAGAUCGUGACCUGUGCCGCAUGCGACGAAACCACAGCACGCGGCUUGACAUUCACGAAAGACGGAUCAACCGCCUGUAG